UUUCAAACAGUUCUGUAGAAAAAUGGCUAGGAUUAAUUGUUUCAUCUGCUCUGUUUUAUUUCACUUUCUCUUGAGCUCUGUUUUCACCCAAUCAGCGCCAGAAACUUCGCUUGUUACUCAGAUUCCUGGCUUCAAUGGCACUAUACCUUCCAAGCACUACGCUGGUUAUGUGACGGUGGAUGAAAGUCAUGGAAGGAACCUGUAUUACUAUUUUGUUGUAUCAGAAAACAAACCUUCUGAAGAUCCUGUGGUUCUUUGGCUUAAUGGUGGACCAGGCUGUUCUAGCUUUGAUGGCUUCAUAUAUGAGCAUGGCCCUUUCAAUUUUGAAGCAGCAAAGACUGUGGGAAAUCUUCCCACAUUGCACCUCAAUCCUUACAGCUGGUCGAAGGUCUCCAACGUUUUAUAUUUGGAUUCUCCAGCUGGUGUGGGUUUUUCUUACUCCAAGAAUGAAUCUGAUUACAGAACUGGAGACAAAAAGACUGCCUCUGAUACACAUGCUUUUCUCCUUAAGUGGUUUGAACUUUUCCCGGAGUUCCUGCCCAACCCGUUUUUUGUCGCUGGCGAGUCAUAUGCUGGAAUUUAUGUGCCUACUCUUGCAUACGAAAUAGUGAAAGGAAUUGAUGCUGGUGUGAAGCCCAAUCUGAAUUUCAAGGGCUAUAUGGUAGGAAAUGGUGUUACAGAUGAAGAUUAUGAUGGCAACGCACUGGUUCCAUUUGCUCAUGGGAUGGGCCUUAUCUCAGAUGAUCUCUAUGAGGAGGUUAGAGCUGAGUGCAAUGGGAAUUUCUACAAUCCACUCGGUCAAGAAUGUGCAGACAAGCUUGCAAAAGUUGAUGAGGAUGUGUCUGGGUUAAACAUAUAUGAUAUCCUAGAACCAUGCUACCAUGGCAUUGAUACAGAGAAAGACAAGGCAUCGAAGAUCAGGUUACCGACAAGUUUCUUGCAAUUAGGUGCAACAGAUAGACCCUUACCUGUGAGAAAAAGGAUGUUUGGCCGUGCUUGGCCCCUUAGAGCACCUGUGAAAGAUGGAAUUGUACCAACUUGGCCUCAACUUAGCAAUUCCAACAGUGUUCCAUGCAUAAAUGAUGAGGUUGCAACGUCGUGGUUGAACGAUAAAACAGUUAGGAAAGCACUUCACACUGCAGAGGAAAGUGUAGUGAGUAGGUGGUUUCUAUGUACCGACAAUAUUUUAUACAACCAUGAUGCAGGGAGCAUGAUCAAUUUUCACAAGAACCUUACUUCCAAAGGGUAUAGAGCACUCAUAUACAGUGGUGACCAUGAUAUGUGUGUUCCAUACACUGGAAGUGAAGCAUGGACUAAAUCACUUGGAUACAAGAUCGUUGAUGAAUGGAGGCCUUGGACAUCCAACAAUCAAGUUGCUGGGUACACUCAGGGAUAUGAAAAGAAUCUAACUUUUCUGACAAUAAAGGGGGCUGGACACACUGUUCCAGAGUAUAAACCAAGAGAGUCCCUAGAUUUCUACAAGCGAUUUUUGAAAGGUCUGGCUUUUUGAAAGAGGAUGAUGACUGACAAAGAAUAAGAGUGCGGUCAUACUGCUUUGGAUUUUCUUUCUCUAUACUUGCAAAAUGUGAAGUUCAAAGCCCGUUUAGAAGAUAUGAUAUCCCUGUAUUUGACAUUUAGCUCCGUAAUUUAAUGCUUUGAUAAUAAAUUUCUAAGUUAAAUCAAAAUUUUGAAAAAAAAAAAAAAAACUGAUGUUAUUUUUACUGUUACUUUUA